AUGACAGCGUAUAUUACAGGUGAAGAAAGCGAAACAGAAGGUAAUAAUGUAUCAUCAGACACAUCUCCUGUGCGGCAGAAGAGAUCGGGGAUACUCAAAGGUGGCAGGCUAUGGAAGUCUCUGGACCACGACAAGGACAAUGACCAGAAUGACGACCAACGAUCAACGACAACCAGCGACGACGACGUAUCCCUCACUACGACAAGAACCGUACGUUUUGCCGAGAAGCAAAAAGAAGUAGAAGAAGAACCCAUAGAACAAAAUGAUUCAGACACCUACGAAUCGGACACAGAAUCAGUCACGGAAUCACAGAAAGAAGAAGAUAGUACAAUAACCUCACAUAGAUUGGAAACUCCGCUCAUUUUAAUGGGUAACGCUGCGAAGACGAACUCUGCGGUACAACAGCUGUUCAACAGCAUUCGACCUCCACCACCAGCUAUAGAACCACAGUUAAUUACUUCAGAGACACUCCGAGCGUGGGAUGCGGGGGCGAAACCGAAAACAGAAGAGGCGGCCGUGAAGCGAGUGGCAGAGAGGAACGCUUUACGCUGCUCGCUACUACGGAACGAGGCACGGAAAAAACAACAGCCCAAACAAGAGACAACCUCGCUGGCGGAACGUAUCCGACUACUGACCUGCGACGUGGACGAUGACGACCAGAGCGAAGAACAGCGGACAUCACCAGCUGGCGCCAGCGUCGACAAGUUCUCCAGCAGCAGUGACAAGUCCAGCGACAAGUCCUACGACAAGAGCAACGAGAAGGCUUUCGGCAGUGCAUCAUCUUCGUCAUCAUCUUCGACAAUAUCGGCACCAGUUCCUACGCGACAGCCGCCUGACCUCGGAGAUAUGCAUCAGGAAACUCAGAAGCCCCGACCCGAACCUCGAAGGCAGUUCCUCUCGACCCUCGCGCCGCUCACGGCAUGCGUCGGGAUGGAUGGCAGCGCCGGUCAUCACGAAGGCUUCUACUACGUACCCCCAGGAGACAGAGCAUCCGCGUCUGCGGCUACCACCAUAGACUUCCAAGACCAUAAUGAGUCACCAGCUCCUGAUGUUGUCGCGGGGACACCAGGAGCAUCAGAUAACGACGAAAGCCUAGCGGCGUUCGCGCGGGCGUCCGCUAGCAGGACGGAAAGGAUACGUCAGCGCUACGGCCAUGAGUCACAACCUGUGAGCAGCGACGACGAGCACGAUGAUUAUGGUUUCCACCGGCGUCCCGCAGUUCGGGGAAUAGCCGUGAAGCAGCAGCUUGGUGCAUCAGACGACAUCCUCCAGCAGAUGCAGAACGACCUCCUCCCCACGCCCAGCUCGACUUCAUCAGUCCCAGCCCACUCCUGUCAGCGCACCAACUCCAACUACUCCUGGCCUUACUACUCCGAAGCCAACCUCAACUCGAGGCCGCAGAGCCGAUCCAGUAUUAAUACUAAUUGGUCAAAGUCUGACUACGUGACAGCUCGGCAGUGCUCGACUGCGCAGGCGCAGCAGCACGCGGAGCCGUGCUACGUUCACAUACAGAACAUGGCGCAGUAUACACACUACCAACACCGACAGCAGGACUAUAGGAACUGUACGCUGUACGCAAAUAUGGGAUGUUCCGACAGCAGUCAAGAGCUGUACAGUUCUCAGACCAGCUCGGAACCCACGUCUCCGGUUCGCAACAGAAGACCGGAAUCUCCGCCUCCGAUACGAACCCACCACCAGCUCCUAUACGUACCCUACAGCAACCACUACCACUACCAGCAAGAUUACGCACAGAACUGGUCAGGAAAUGAUUACGCGCACAUGCAACCUCAGUAUCAGCAACAAGCUAUGAGCGGUACGAGCACGCCGCAACCAGCCAUGCAACAGAGGGCGCAUUACACGCAUGCUCUGCAAGUUCAGACUCUAUGUCCUGCGCCGGCCAGAUAUAGACCGGUCCCAGCGCCACAGCCUGGCGGCGGGAAGCAGAUGAUUUGUUACUCAGAAAAGGUUCCAGCACCACUAUACCAGCCAGCCCCAGGGUCGCCGUCGCGCAGCUCACGGGGGGCACCGGAAGGGGCCCCGUCGGGUAUAUCCGCCCCUGCAGCGACGUCGCCCAUGACCGCGCCCCAAAAUCCCGUGUACUACGCCAUGAACGUCUGACGCGGGGACUAGGUGAAAAUUAUGGUGGGCCCUACAGGCGCGGUCAGAAUUAGCGUCCAACCCCAUGAAAACUCAACCAACCCACAAAAGGACUAAUUGUAAAAGAUGGAUUGUUAAUACGCGUCAUACCUGCGUUUGCCUAAGCGAAGUAACGCAACAAAAUGUACAUAAUAUUAUAGUUGUUGAUAUUUAAAGCGUAUUUCGAAAUACCAAAGAUUUCUAUACUUACCUUACUUAACUUUGCCCUUCCCGGUACCAAAAAGUAGUUUUGUAGGUGUGUAGGUAAAAAUAGUAAAAAGAUCACUUUUAAUUAUUAUUUAUUUAAUAAAA